AGUUGGAACAGCUAUAGUAUAAGUAAUUGUUUGUCAAACGGCUCCGUUGCAGAGACGAUAGGGUGCUAAGAAGGCGGUCAUCAGAAGUGUUUGCCAGUGCCGUGGAAGUAUGAGGAACAAUGACGUAGAACUACGCGUUUAGAAAAAAAUUACUGCACUGUUAUCAACUUACUGAAGAUUACGGGCUAAGUCGAACUCAGUCUCGCCGCUUUGGAAUUUAACAAGGAAAUUAUAUUACUCAUUUCAGUGUUGAAUCUAUGCAGUAUUUAAAGUUACAGUGAAUCUGUCUGAAAGAAGAAAAAAAAUACCAUGGUGAAGCCUGAAACAACAGUUGUAAAUGGUCAAGAAGACUGUGGAGAAGGAGAGGUUCAAGUGAUCCAUAUGGAACCGAGACCUUUCCGUCCUUUCAAGUCCAGUGAAGAGUAUCUGUAUGCCAUGAAAGAAGAUCUAGCUGACUGGCUGAACAAUCUCUACGAAAUAAAUAUCAAUGCUGACAAUUUCAUGGAAAGUCUCGAAACGGGAGUCCUCCUAUGUCGGCACGCUAAUCACAUUGUAAGGACGGCCCGUAAGUGGGGGCGAUCUGGCCAGAACGAACUCAGCGUCACCGUCCCGGAUCAAGACGUGGUGUAUCGAAGUAACGUCCAGCCUCGCACCUUUCAUGCACGGGAUAACGUGUCCAAUUUUAUCACGUGGUGUACCAAACUGGCGAUCAUGGAUUGCCUACGAUUCGAAACGGACGACUUAGUGCUGAGAAAGAAUGAGAAAAGCGUUAUUCUCUGCCUCCUGGAAGUGGCACGACUAGGCGCAAAGUUCGGAAUGCUCGCGCCGCUCUUGGUCCAGAUGGAAGACGAGAUUGAUACCGAGUUAAGUAAAGUCGACUUUGACUCCGACGGUCACGACGCUGACAACGACUCCGAUGCCACCAGCUCAUGUGGUGUUGAAGAUCCUCCACCUCAGAUCAUAACCAAUGACCUGAGAAGUCUUCACGAAAGGGUAGUAGAACUUUUGAACCGCUGCACUUGCCCUUGCCAGUUUCCGAUGGUUAGAGUUUCGGAAGGAAAAUAUCGCAUUGGUAAUACGAAGAUUCUUAUUUUUGUCAGGAUUCUACGUAAUCACGUGAUGGUGCGAGUAGGAGGUGGAUGGGAUACUUUAGGGCAUUAUCUUGAGAAACAUGAUCCCUGUCAGUGUCGUAUCGCCCACAAGACAUCUUCUUCAACUAAGGUGACCUUGAAUCCAGGAAAAGGUGGAUUACCAAGUGUGAAAGUCACAUACAAUAGACCUCCAAGCUACAGCAGUGGACAGAUUGAUGGUCUCCUGACCUCUUCUCACCAACACGUGCGUACUACUACUACUGUAGGACAACGAGAUGUAGGAUCAUCUCCUAACUCGUAUGAGAUUCCUCCACGUGGAUCCUCAAGAAGUUCCCACUACAGUGAUGAUUCAACUACCUCUACUACCAGUCCCUACUUCAAUAGCGAAAGUCCAACUCCGGAAAUGGGUCAGCUAGCAGAUUCCUCCAAACCACAGUUUUAUUUGCCUGGCAAACGUGCAAGAACUCAGCCUUCCAUUGGUACUGACAGCUCCUCUGAAUUCUCUGAAGGAGAAAGUCUAACAGGUUCUCAAAUUCCUAGUCAUACCAAAAAACCCAGUCCUCGAAAGGUGUACUACAUGUUCGAAAACUUGGAAGAGUCUAUUACAACAGCCAACCUUUCUCGGUUGUAUUCUUCAAAUGCUUAUGACUCUGGCUUUAGCCCCGAGUCACCAGAAACUACCUUAGUAAUGUCAGGAGAUGACCUUGGAGAAACUAAAUGUUUCAGAAAAUAUAAGAUAAAAGAAAGCAUUCAAUCUGCCAGACCAGUUUCAAGUAAAAUAAUAACAGGUUCACUUUCUUCUAUUGCUAAUAUACCAAGUUCUAAGUUGAGACACACAAAAAAACCAACAUCAGCUGAUCAAGUUGGUAAGAAUACAACAAUACACUACAAAUCUCAGAGUACAGAAAAUUUGGACUCUAGGAAAUACAGCAAAAAGUUGCAUACUUACCAGGAAAACAGUUUCAGCUUUUACAGUAGUAGUCAAAAAGGAAGACAACCCUUGCCAGACUCAAACUGUACAUUCAGUAGCCUUCCAAGGAGUUACUCUCAGAGUAGUAACAUGAGAGAAUCUGGCUCAUUGCUAACUAGAAACUCUCCUGGGCAACUUUCCUACAAACCACCCACAGAUUUUCUGACUAAACUGGGUGCAGGAAGCAAAGCACAGGCAUUCAGGCACUGUGACUCUAAACAUUCAGUGGGUCCUGAUUUUCAUCACCUUCCAUUUGUAGGAAGCACAGCUCUAUCUCCCUAUAAAACUAUUACAAACCUGAAGAUCAGAAGCACAGAAUCCAGCCUUCCAAAUACGUAUCCCACUAAAACAGUCUUCGUAGCUAGCAAGAUGCAUACACUUCUGAAGGACAUUGAUUUAUAUACUGAUCAUCAGUUCCUCAAGGAAAUGCAGAAAUUUAUAGAUAGCUAUAAAGACAAAAAACUAAAGGAAGACCUCGGUGAACUAGAAAUUCAAGCUCCAACUGACAGUAUCUCUUCAACAACAGCCAUGACCUCUUCUCCAAAUUCUGAGCAUCGUCCAAACCGAAGACCCAACUACACCCAGCCUUCUCCAAAAAUACAACUUAGAACAAGACAAGGAAGUCAGGGAGGGUCCACAAAGAUUCCAAUACCCAUUUGGUACAACAAAUAACUAUUGUCAUUGUAGAGAAGACAUGUGAUUGCAACUAGACUUAGAAUUAACACAUGCUAAGUGAAAAAAUGUUUAUUUCCAACAUAAAGUAACUAGUCUCCACAGCUACACUUUGCACCCAUUAUGUACAAAGAAAGUUACCAAAUGAUACUUUGUACAUUAAACAUUAUAGACUGUCCUUUGCAAAUGCAGAUAGCUGUUUAUUGUACUGAAGUACAGGUGGAUAAAAAAAAAAGGUAAGCUUCUAUAGUGAUGUAAAGACUGCUUGACAACAUUCCCACAAAAAGAUUUGAGUUGGAUGCCUUUUAAAUACCACUAAACUUAAUUUUCUUUUAUGUAAAUAUUUGUGUCUAAAAAAUACUCAUUAAAAUAAUAAUGAAGUCAAUGAUUAGCAAAUAAUAGCUUAAAAUACACAAGUUCUUUCUCAUUCAGAGUCCAAGAAAACAGUUAGUGAAAAUGAAACCUUAAAACACUAAGCUACUCUGUCCUUCUGUCAGUUUGUUGUAGAACAUUGUUUAACAGUGACUGUAUAAUACAAAUGUUUGUUUAUUUAACAUGUGGAAAAUAUCUACAGUUUGUGAUUUUUUUUUAUAACAAAAAACAGAUUAGUUUGAAUUGAUUUUCACUAUUUAAAAGCUAGUUUGUUUUUUCAACUAAAACAACGUACUUGAAUAGCUAUAUUCUCAAAACUGCUAUGUACCUGAAUACUACUGAUUGUAAAAACUACUUAACUACUACUUUAAUAGACAACUUCUUAAACAAUCAAGCUUUUAUUAACACUUGGCUUUUAGUAUUGUAUGAUAGUCCUUAGAGAAUGAAACCAAAACAAGUUUGGUUGAAAUAUUAUAAAAUUCUCCUGUGUUUUCACUCGUGGUUUCUUAG